CACAUUCUUUGUGAGGUGAGCCGACAAGCCAGUCCCAGGUCAUUUGUUAAACUAUUGGUUUAAUUUGUGAAAAUGGGAGCUUCAAAUAGUCAGUUUACCGAAGCUGAGCUAGAAGACUACCAGGAGUUGACCUACUUCAGUAAGAAAGAAAUUCUUCAUGCCUUCAAGCGUUUUCAUUUAUUGGACCCAGAUGCUGUAAGGCAAGACAGAAAUGUGAGACUUCCUAUGAACACAAUAUUAGAACUUUCGGAGUUGAAGGUAAAUCCAUUCAACGACCGUAUCUGUAAAGUCUUCUCAUCAUCUAAUGAUGGUGACUUAACGUUUGAAGAUUUCUUGGAUAUGAUGUCUGUGUUCAGUGACAAUGCCCCCAAGGGAGUCAAGGCAGAGUAUGCGUUCAGAAUUUAUGACUUCAAUGAAGAUGACUUUAUUGACAGUGCUGAUUUAAAAGAGGUUGUCGGUAGACUGACUGGAGAUCAGUCUUUGACAGAUGAAGAUAUGCAACAACUUAUUGAUAAUAUAUUUGAAGAAGCUGAUUUAGAUGAUGACGAGUCAUUGUCAUUUGCUGAGUUUGAACAUGUGAUCUCCAAGGCACCUGACUUUGUCAACUCUUUUAGAUUCCGCUUGUAAGAGGAUGGAUAUGUUCCUGAUUCACUGAGUCAGUCCAGAACAAUAAACACAUGUGUACUGUAAUCUGCUUUAUUCUGACUGAAUGCAUUGGUACAAAUAAUAUAUUUUAUUAUAAAUGUCUAUUUUUCACUGGUAAUUGUUUAAUUUGUAAGCAGCAAAGAUUUUGCUGCGGUUCUGUUACACAAAGAGUUGUAGUGACUUUCAUGAAAUGUAGUCUUUUUUCAUUGCUUAUGAAAGGGUCACAGUGUACGAAUUAUUUUCAAUAGAUUUUAUCUUGAUUGAUUAUCUGUCCAGUCAAAGUCAAUUCCGAAUGAGAGUUAAUUGAAGUUACACGUACACCAUCAGCAUUACUUGCAAAAAAAAAACGUUUAGCAUUUUGACGUUUCUGAUAUCUCUUGCUGGGAUUAUAAAUAUUAAGUUGUCUAUGCAAUCCAUGAUGAUUGAGAUGACUACUCAAUAAGAAAACAGCAUCGUUUAAUUUCUUGUUUCACAAAUAAAAAUCGGUAAUUUUAAUUUAGUAGUGGUGAAUAGAGAAAUGCUAUAGUUCAUUUCUGUGACAAGUUACUUUUACAUCAAGCAACAAAUAAAAAUUUGCAUAUCCAUUAGAAAUUAAGUUUUUAAAAAUAAUUGUCAAGACCAAUUUUCACGCAUACAUUGCUGGAAACUGCAGAAUCAUUCGUACAUUACAUUGUAAAAUUGUAAUCUUUGAGUAGACUUUCAGGGGAGAGAGAGAAGGUUAGGUGGUGGUCAUGUUGAGUUGAAAAAUAGUUUUAAAUCACCAAAGAUAAAAGUAUGCAUGUAUAAGUGCGUUAAUAUGCAUAUUGCAUUUGAAUGGAUUUAUAUAUGUGAAUGAAAAUGAGAAAUAUUUAUUCCUAAUGCUAUAUGCAUUAUAUUCUUGUUUGGUUAUCAAGAUAAAUAUCAGUAAUACAUUUACAUGUUUGGGACAGGUCACAUGACUCCCAUUGCAAAAAUUGUAACGAAUAUUUGAUUUGCUUGGAGGUCAGUAAUCAAUUUUUGUAAAUAGUGCCCUCAGUGUUAAGAAUGGGAUAAUCUAUUUGGUGAACUGCUAGUUUGUAAACAGCGCCCUCAGUGUUAAGAGAAAACAGCAUUUUUUUACUAUCUAAGAAUGAGGAAUAAAUUGAAAAUUUGUAAAUAUUGAUAUUUCAAAAAUCAUUUCUAACAUGCUCUUAUCAAGUGUGCUAGUAUUUUAAUAUAAACCGAGACAGCAUUUUAUUUCUCCUGGUGGUUUUCUUUCUCCGGGUGUAUUUGUCACAUUGUGAGCUUUGGUUCAAUAAACUUUCUAU